CAUCUCCUUCCUCAUCUACGAUUGGUGAGUGCAGUUUUGUUCGAUUGCUCCCGAAAUGGUUCACGGUUGCAGAGUCGGUUUUUUGUUUGCAGGACGCAAAGCAAGUUCGCGCAGCAAACCACCACCGAGACGAACUUUGCCACGUUCGGGUGUAAGCCGGCGGAACCGUUUGUGGUCGUGGUGCACGGCUGGACGGAGGGCUGCAGCAACACCCAGUGGGUGCGAGACACGCUCAACAACUUCAUCAUCCACCGGAAGGGGUGCAUUCUCUGCCUGGACUACAGUGUCAUUGCCGAUGGGAACGAUUACUUUACCGUCGCCAAGCUGAUGGAACCGAUCGCACGGACGCUGGAGAAGAAGCUGCGCCAGCUGUUUACGUUUGGCAUUGCGCCGGCUAGCGGGAUGGUGUACGGGUUCAGUCUUGGAGCGCAUGUCGCGUUCCAGGCCGGGCGCAAUCUUGCCCCCCAAAAGCUGGGCCGCAUUGAUGGUGAGUUGGUGAUGCAAACGCGAGCGUGGUUACAGCAAAGAGUUACCACUUUUUCCUUUCAUCUUACCCAUUUAGCUUGCGAUCCGGUGGGUAUUGCUUUCGACAAGAACGACACGUACACGGCACUGAGCGUAACGGAUUCGGCCACCGAGGUGCAGUGUAUACACACGAGCAGCGAUAUUGGGACGACUCGGCGCGACUGCCACAAGGACUGGAUCAUGGGCUACUGCGGUUGGGUGCAGUUCGCUGCCGGGCUGAAAACAUCACACGAGCUGUGUCCGAUCUUUUACAAUGCGGCGUUCUGGUUCGACUUUAAGGCGGUGUACAAUCCGUACGUGUGUCCUACGUCGCGUGCCGUCAGCUCGUGGCCAGCCGGGUUCAAGAUGGGCUACUUUAUGCCGCAGGGAACGUAAGACAAACGCGAAUUUGGGAACGUGCUUGGAGAGGGUUUAAUGGUUAUGUUUUUAAUUUCUUUCGCAGCACACUGAUGGGAGACCUGUUCUCGAAGACGAUGGCAAAAUAUCCUUACAAUUGAAAUUUCGAUGACAGCGCUUGCAAUAUAGGAGGGAGUUCUGAAUAAUUAAUAAUUUUACUAAAGCACUUUCUUCGAAUUUUAUGACAAAUAAAUCAACUCACAUAAGGAUAAAUGCAUCAAAAAGAUGUUAAGUAAUCGAAAAAACAUAAAUUUACUUCAUACA